AUGUUAUUAGGACCAAGUUGCACACAACCCCUAUUACCUGAAAGCACGCAUAAAAUGGAGAGAUGUAAGCACAACGAACCCAAAUAUUCUGCACCAUUCGACAAAUAUUUUCGAGCUUUUGUCAAUUUACGUGAUAUCAUGAGCAAAUUGAAAUUACGCUUAAAUAGUCAUAGCGAGAAAGAAACUCCCACUCAUUCAUCACAACCUCACGACAAUUAA